GAAAGGCAGAGCUGCUCACUUUGCUACAGAGGCAACUGAGACGGGUCUGAGGGAAGCAGCAGCGCCUGGAAGGAACCGCACAGACACAAUGGAGGAACAGGCUGAUAUGAAGCAGCUCUCCGGCUACAACGAGGACCUCCAGCAUAAGACAAUUCUGGUAGGAGACAGCGCGGUGGGGAAGACCUCCUUGCUUGUGCAGUUUGACCAGGGCAAAUUUAUCCCGGGAUCGUUUACAUCUACAGUGGGCAUAGGAUUCACGGUCAUGCUGCUAGGAGAUUCUGGUGUUGGAAAGACGUGUUUUCUCAUCCAGUUUAAAGACGGGGCAUUCCUCUCAGGCACCUUCCUGGCAACUGUGGGCAUUGAUUUUCGGAAUAAGGUGGUCACUGUGGAUGGACUGAAGGUGAAGUUACAGAUCUGGGACACGGCCGGUCAGGAGCGCUUUCGAAGUGUCACCCACGCUUACUACAGGGAUGCUCAGGCUCUGCUCCUGUUGUAUGACAUCACAAGCAAGACGUCCUUUGACAACGUCCGUGCCUGGCUUACAGAGGUCCAUGAAUAUGCUCACAAGGAUGUGGUCAUCAUGCUGCUCGGCAAUAAGUGUGACAUAACAAGUGGACGUGUUGUUCGAACAGAAGAUGGGGAGUCCUUGGCGAAGGAUUACGGCAUUCCAUUCAUGGAAACCAGCGCAAAGACCGGUGUAAAUGUGGAGCUGGCAUUUAUGGCUAUAGCUAAGGAGCUGAAGCAGAGAUCCAGUAGUCCAGAUGAACGUAAAUUCGUAAUCCACCAGUACAUUGAGUCACAAAAGAAGAAGACUGGCUGCUGCGGGCUCCUCUGAUUGCCUUGCGAUGGAAGCAAUGGCGGCUCAAGAAGAGACUAAAUCCCUUUGAUCCAGAAUUGACUGAAGAGCUAUGGAUAUUAUCUGAUCCAGUGAAACUGCCAAACUCAGGGUCCGUAGGAUAACCCCGGAUGCCUGGAGAGGAAGCCCCUCCAAGAUUGUUUACUCACAAGAAGCCUAUUGCCUUUAGGAGUCUUGUAGAAAUGCGCCUGAGGAGUUCAUGGUUUUUUCCUCUUCUGUGGGAUCCAAUGACUGAGAACCACAUUUAGAUAAAAAACCCUUCCUUCUGCGCAAAACUGCAGUGCCAAAACGGUUUACACGGGCAAAGGGUGUCCCAAGCCUUUUCUAUAACUAACUGAUAACUGGUGUUACGUCUAUAAGUCGCUUCCCGGCAUCUAUAGUACCGCCAUAUAUUGCACAGCUCGGCCUUGUUUACAAAACAUGAAGAAGUCCCGUAUGUUUACUGUGGAUAAGAGACAUUUCCGAAAAAUCUCAUGAUGUGCUCGUCACAUUUACCGCCAUAUUCUCCUGUCACCCGUUCACAUUUCUAUAUAUCUUCCCCAUUGGCUGUUUACACGUUGAGAACUAGAGGUGGAUAUUUUAUCCGGUACCAACUGUGCGAUUUAUUUUUUAUUUUUAUUGCUUUAUAUUCAAAUAUGCUGAUGUCAAUUACUUUCUAGGUACAUGGGCUGAUUUGACGUAGAUACAGACCAGAUUCCUGUGUCAGACGGAUGAGAGUCUAGUAUUAUAAGUGCAUGCUCAUGGAAAAAGGCCUGUAUUGUUGUGUAAUAAAAGGUUGUGCGAUUUUU